AUGACUAUGGAGAAGAGUGUGGGUUGCUGGUGUGGCCUCGACUGGCAAAGUUGUGGGUUCGGGGACAAAGGUGAUGUGGUCCAGGGUCGACUAAUGCAGCAGCCUGGAAAACGGGUCCGGUACAAGUCGCACGAUAAAGGCAUUCCCACGGCAGUGAAAGACGAGGAAGAAAUCCAUGACAUCAAGCGAGCGUUCGAAGAAAACUCUCGCUCGCCCACGGACGCCAAACUUCUGUGCCGGUUCACGCCGAGCUACAGGGAAGGCGUCUACCCCUACGGAGUGUGCACCCACUUCAUCUACGCCAGCGUGCCCAACCACCCAAGCGCCGAGAACCGUCGUCACAAAGACGUCCUCUACUCCUACGACCCUAAUGCCUUUCGGAAGUUCCUGCACGUGCGCGAGACCGCGCCCGACGUCCGUCUUCUGCUCUCCGUGGACGUGGAGGCCAUGCUGCGGACCGGCUGGAGUGCCCAGCGCUUGGCUAAGGACGCGAGGGUCUGGCUGGACAGGAGCGGCGUCGACGGACUCCAUCUGUCCGGGCUGGAUGUGUUGCCCAGAAGUAUCCAUAACGUCUUGGGCAUCAUCACGGCUCUUCGCGCCUCUUUCAGAGACCGGUACCUGAUCACCAUCGGCGUCGAUCGUACCCAGAAAACGGUGGAGCAAGAUCUCCUCGCCAUCCUGCGGACGGUGGACUUCGCCAGCUUCCAGACGAGCAGGGUAAGGCACACCGACGCACGGACGACCUUGGUGAAUCCGUACGGCAAGUACGAAAACAACACCUCCACCUUCUUUUUCAACUACGAAGUGGAGAGGCUCGCCCAGUUGGCAGCCAAGGAACCCAAAUCCCGGGUCUGCUUCACUCUGACGCUCGGCGGCAACCAGUUCGAGCUGGAAGACGCGACCCAGCACGGACUCGGAGCCCCGGCCAAGCACACGAAAGACGCCUCGUACUCUGAGAUCUGCAAGCGAGACUGGGAUGAAGUGAAAUACAUCGCUCCAGCGUUGGGCUUCUACGCCCACAAGGGCAAAACUUGGGUCGGCUACGACACAGAAAAGACCAUCGCAUCCAAGGUCCGGAAGGCUCUGGAGAGGUACCCCGGUUUCUGCGUGAUGCUCGUCCAGGUGGACAGGGACGAUUACGAGGGGGCCUGCUCGGAGAAGCACUUUCCCCUGGCGCAGAGCGUCAAGCAAGCCCUCUUACAGCCCCACAGGACCCGCAGCAGGUCAUUGCUCCUCUUCUGUAUUCCACGCCGUGACGGGAGUUAA